AUGUCUUUCGGCUCCUUUGGCAUUUGUCUGCCUCUUUCCCGACUGGGCCUCGGCACAAGGAUCUCAUCGUAUCAUGUAUGGCCAAAUAGCACGCCUCCUUCAUCUAAAAGUCAGAUGAUGCGCACCCGUGCGCAAACUGCAGCCUUUCUCCUUGGUGUUCGUUCGGAACUACCAGAUGUCGACGAAGGAGUCAACAGUCGCACAGUUCGGCAUUUUUACGAAGGAAUGGACGAAGAGCCAUCUACUACAGAACGGCACCAUGCCCAGCUUCAAAAAUCUUACUCUGAGUCAGAUUGCCGCCUGGACAUAUUUGACGCCAUCAGAGCUACAAUGGACGUACCAAAACUAUACCAACACUUGGGCUGGCGUCUGUCUACCGCACGCCGCAUGGACCCGCCGCAUCGUCUUUUAACCUCACUUGAUAUUGAUAGCGCCUUCAAAGCUGCGAGGGCGGAACAGAGCUCUGGCACAAAAAAGAAGAGAGUUGCUAUUGAAGUUGUUAAUACUGCUAAAGAUUUGAAGCAAACCAAGCGAAAGGCGGUCGUGUCUUCUUCAGGCAGGCAGAACUCGCCUGUACCAUACACAAAGGAGUUGGAGAAAGUCAAGAGCAAGUUGCGCUGCUCCGUCCAUCAACUCGGAGAGGACACAUUCUGUUGGGUGGAUCUAUCUCAGCCAAACGCUCCACAUUAUCCGCUGUGUACCCAGGACCUGCAGGAGUGGGCUAAAUAUUUGCUCGAAACUGGAGAUCCAGACAACACCUGCAUCACUCCACCCAGCACGCCCCAUUUCGAUGAAGUUCGGAGGAUACGUAAGGAGCGAACUGUGCUGCCACUUCAGAGGGUGCCCACUGAAGUCAUAUCACCUAUCAUUCAUAAUCAUAUUCACCUCUCAUCUGCCGCCAGCGACGUCUCUGAUGGAGUUUUUGCCAGAGCACAGGGAGAAGGUCAUAUGGCUUUUCAACCACUCAAGAGGACCUUUGCGCUCUACAUGGAGAGCGACGAAGAGUCCGACACCGAGGAGCCGCCGCAGCACAUCAAGGAUGUUCUUGCGCAUAUUCACUCGCGCUACCCUGACAUGAACUUCCCCGAAUAUGCCGAUAAAUUGAAGGAACGUGGUAUACUAUAUCUAUCAACCGCGGCUCAUUUCAGUACCCAAUUCUAUGAAGAGAAAGUUGGGAUGUCAGAGGGCGCUGCGUAUACCUUUCAGAGCUGUGUCUCCAAAUCGCACAUGAAUGCGGAACUUGCGAAAGGGAGAAGGAAGGCUAAAGGUAAGAAGAAAGCACGAGCUCAGUCCGGCGAUGGGGAUGAAGAGAAUGUCCUCCCUAGCUUAUGA